AUGGGUUCUCUGCUCCACGGCGCAUCAUGCUGCAGUCAGCCAUCUGCCCUUCCUAUAUCCUCUGGACACAACAAGCCUGCAACGAGUCAGGUCGAUGGGUUCGCGCACGGCAAGGCUGCACCUCUGCCAGAGGCAGCGGGUGCUGUGGAGGGACCUGACCAGCCCGCAGCACUCUGCGAGCUGGGCGCCUGGGGUGCCGACCUCAGCCUUGUCCUGAAGAUGCGAGUGGAGUGA